UUUGAAUUUGCAUCUCUUCAAGACACAAGAUUAAAACAAAAUUUACGCUAAAUUGGAUUUUAAAUUAUCUUCUGUUCAUUAUCCUUCGUCUUUCUUAUGUGGAUAUGCAAGCAAGAAGAGGAGACUGGACAUUCCCAACAUGCUCACUCCCUUAAUCUGUCCGUCUAGAGGUUUGGCUUCUACAAACCAAGGGAGUCGACAAGUUGAAGAUGAAGCCCAGAGCAGAGUGCUGUUCUCCCAAGUUCUGGUUGGUGCUGGCUGUCCUGGCUGUGUCAGGCAGCAGAGCUCGUUCUCAGAAGAGCCCCCCCAGCAUCGGCAUUGCUGUCAUCCUCGUGGGCACUUCCGACGAGGUGGCCAUCAAGGAUGCCCACGAGAAAGAUGACUUCCACCAUCUCUCAGUGGUGCCCCGGGUGGAGCUGGUAGCCAUGAAUGAGACCGACCCCAAGAGCAUCAUCACCCGCAUCUGUGACCUCAUGUCGGACCGGAAGAUCCAGGGGGUGGUGUUUGCUGACGACACAGACCAGGAAGCCAUUGCCCAGAUCCUCGACUUCAUUUCUGCUCAGACUCUCACCCCCAUCCUGGGCAUCCACGGGGGCUCCUCUAUGAUAAUGGCGGAUAAGGAUGAAUCCUCCAUGUUCUUCCAGUUUGGCCCAUCCAUUGAACAGCAAGCUUCCGUAAUGCUCAACAUCAUGGAAGAAUACGACUGGUACAUCUUUUCUAUUGUCACCACCUACUUCCCUGGCUACCAGGACUUUGUAAACAAGAUCCGCAGCACCAUCGAGAACAGCUUCGUGGGCUGGGAGCUAGAGGAAGUCCUCUUACUGGACAUGUCCCUGGAUGAUGGAGAUUCUAAGAUCCAGAAUCAGCUCAAGAAACUUCAAAGCCCCAUCAUUCUUCUUUACUGUACCAAGGAGGAAGCCACCUACAUCUUUGAAGUGGCCAACUCAGUAGGGCUGACUGGCUAUGGCUACACGUGGAUUGUGCCUAGUCUGGUGGCAGGGGAUACAGACACAGUGCCCUCGGAGUUUCCCACUGGGCUCAUCUCUGUAUCAUAUGAUGAGUGGGACUAUGGUCUCCCUGCCAGAGUGAGAGAUGGAAUUGCUAUCAUCACCACUGCUGCUUCUGACAUGCUGUCUGAACACAGCUUCAUCCCCGAGCCCAAGAGCAGUUGCUACAACACCCACGAGAAGAGAAUCUAUCAGUCGAAUAUGCUCAACAGGUAUCUGAUCAAUGUCACUUUUGAAGGGAGAAAUCUGUCCUUCAGUGAAGAUGGCUACCAGAUGCACCCGAAACUGGUGAUAAUCCUUCUGAACAAGGAGAGGAAGUGGGAGAGGGUGGGGAAGUGGAAAGACAAGUCCCUGCAGAUGAAAUACUAUGUGUGGCCCCGAAUGUGUCCCGAGACCGAAGAGCAAGAGGAUGACCACCUAAGCAUUGUGACCCUGGAGGAGGCUCCAUUUGUCAUUGUGGAAAGCGUGGACCCUCUAAGUGGAACCUGCAUGAGGAACACAGUCCCCUGCCAAAAACGCAUAAUCUCUGAGAAUAAAACAGAUGAGGAGCCAGGAUACAUCAAAAAAUGCUGCAAGGGGUUCUGUAUCGACAUCCUUAAGAAAAUUUCUAAAUCUGUGAAGUUCACCUAUGACCUUUACCUGGUCACCAAUGGCAAGCAUGGGAAGAAAAUCAACGGCACCUGGAAUGGUAUGAUUGGAGAGGUGGUCAUGAAGAGGGCCUACAUGGCAGUGGGAUCGCUCACCAUCAAUGAGGAGCGCUCAGAGGUGGUUGACUUCUCUGUACCCUUCAUAGAGACUGGCAUCAGUGUCAUGGUGUCACGCAGCAAUGGGACUGUCUCACCUUCUGCCUUCUUAGAGCCAUUCAGUGCUGACGUAUGGGUUAUGAUGUUUGUGAUGCUGCUCAUCGUCUCAGCCGUGGCCGUUUUUGUCUUUGAAUACUUCAGCCCUGUGGGUUAUAACAGGUGCCUCGCUGAUGGCAGAGAGCCAGGCGGCCCAUCUUUCACCAUCGGCAAAGCUAUUUGGUUACUCUGGGGUCUAGUGUUCAACAACUCUGUACCUGUGCAAAACCCGAAGGGGACCACCUCCAAGAUCAUGGUGUCAGUGUGGGCCUUCUUUGCUGUCAUUUUCCUGGCCAGCUACACUGCCAACUUAGCUGCCUUCAUGAUCCAAGAGGAAUAUGUGGACCAGGUUUCUGGCCUGAGUGACAAAAAGUUCCAGAGACCUAAUGACUUCUCACCCCCUUUCCGCUUUGGGACUGUGCCCAAUGGCAGCACAGAGAGGAAUAUUCGUAACAAUUAUGCAGAAAUGCAUGCCUACAUGGGAAAGUUCAACCAGAGAGGUGUGGAUGAUGCUUUGCUCUCCCUGAAAACAGGGAAGCUGGAUGCCUUCAUCUAUGAUGCAGCAGUGUUGAACUACAUGGCGGGCAGAGACGAAGGCUGCAAGCUGGUCACCAUUGGCAGCGGCAAGGUCUUUGCCUCCACUGGUUAUGGCAUUGCCAUUCAGAAAGACUCUGGGUGGAAGCGCCAGGUGGACCUUGCUAUCCUGCAGCUGUUUGGAGAUGGGGAGAUGGAAGAACUGGAAGCUCUCUGGCUCACUGGCAUUUGCCACAAUGAGAAGAAUGAGGUCAUGAGCAGCCAGCUGGACAUUGACAACAUGGCGGGCGUCUUCUACAUGUUGGGGGCAGCCAUGGCACUCAGCCUUAUCACCUUCAUCUGUGAACACCUUUUCUAUUGGCAGUUCCGGCAUUGCUUUAUGGGUGUCUGUUCUGGCAAGCCUGGCAUGGUCUUCUCCAUCAGCAGAGGUAUCUACAGCUGCAUUCACGGAGUGGCGAUUGAAGAACGCCAAUCUGUGAUGAACUCCCCCACGGCGACCAUGAACAACACACACUCCAACAUCCUGCGCUUGCUCCGCACGGCCAAGAACAUGGCCAACCUCUCUGGCGUGAAUGGCUCACCCCAGAGCGCCUUGGACUUCAUCCGCCGCGAGUCAUCGGUCUAUGACAUCUCAGAGCACCGCCGCAGCUUCACCCAUUCCGACUGCAAGUCCUAUAACAACCCGCCCUGCGAGGAGAACCUCUUCAGCGACUACAUCAGCGAGGUGGAGAGAACGUUUGGCAAUCUGCAGCUGAAGGACAGCAACGUGUACCAAGACCACUAUCACCACCACCACAGGCCGCACAGCAUCGGCAGCACCAGCUCCAUCGACGGGCUCUACGACUGUGACAACCCACCCUUCACCACCCAGCCCAGGUCCAUCAGCAAGAAGCCCCUGGACAUUGGCCUGCCCUCCUCCAAACACAGCCAGCUAAGUGACYUGUACGGCAAGUUCUCCUUCAAGAGUGACCGCUACAGUGGCCACGACGACUUGAUCCGCUCAGAUGUCUCAGACAUCUCCACCCACACUGUCACCUACGGAAACAUCGAAGGCAACGCGGCCAAGAGGCGUAAGCAGCAGUACAAGGACAGCCUGAAGAAGCGGCCAGCCUCGGCCAAGUCCCGGCGGGAGUUCGACGAGAUCGAGCUGGCCUACCGUCGCCGACCGCCCCGCUCCCCUGACCACAAGCGCUAUUUCAGGGACAAGGAAGGGUUACGGGACUUUUACCUGGACCAGUUCCGAACCAAGGAGAACUCCCCUCAUUGGGAGCACGUGGACCUGACCGAUAUCUACAAGGAGCGGAGCGAUGACUUCAAGCGCGACUCGGUCAGCGGAGGAGGGCCCUGUACUAACAGGUCGCACCUCAAGCACCCGUCGGGCGACAAACACGGCGUGGUCAGCGGGGUCCCAGCUCCCUGGGAGAAGAACCUGACCAACGUGGACUGGGAUGACCGGUCUGGGGGCAACUUCUGCCGCAGCUGUCCCUCCAAGCUGCACAACUACUCGACGACGGUGACAGGUCAGAACUCGGGCCGGCAGGCGUGCAUCCGGUGUGAGGCCUGCAAGAAGGCUGGCAACCUGUACGACAUCAGCGAGGACAACUCCCUGCAGGAACUGGACCAGCCGGCUGCCCCCGUGGCGGUGACGUCGAAUGCCUCCACCACCAAGUAUCCUCAGAGCCCGACCAAUUCCAAGGCCCAGAAGAAGAAUCGGAACAAACUGCGCCGGCAGCACUCGUACGACACCUUCGUGGACCUGCAGAAGGAAGAAGCCGCCUUGGCCCCGCGCAGCGUGAGCCUGAAAGACAAGGGCCGUUUCCUGGACGGGAGCCCCUACGCCCACAUGUUUGAGAUGCCAGCCGGCGAGAGCACCUUUGCCAACAACAAGUCCUCAGUGCCCACUGCCGGACACCACCACCACAACAACCCCGGCGGCGGCUACAUGCUCAGCAAGUCGCUCUACCCUGACCGGGUCACGCAAAACCCUUUCAUCCCCACUUUUGGGGACGACCAGUGCUUGCUCCAUGGCAGCAAAUCCUACUUCUUCAGGCAGCCCACUGUGGCAGGGGCGUCGAAAGCCAGGCCGGACUUCCGGGCCCUUGUCACCAACAAGCCGGUGGUCUCGGCCCUUCAUGGGGCUGUGCCAGGCCGUUUCCAGAAGGACAUCUGUAUAGGGAACCAGUCCAACCCCUGUGUGCCUAACAACAAAAACCCCAGGGCUUUCAAUGGCUCCAGCAAUGGGCAUGUUUAUGAGAAACUUUCUAGUAUUGAGUCUGAUGUCUGAGUGAGGGAAGAGAGAGGUUAAGGUGGGUAUGGGAGGGGUCGGGCUGCGGGUCGUGUGGUGCGCAUGUCACGGAGGGGGUCGGGGUGAACUUGGUUCCCAUUUGCUCCUUUCUUGUUCUUUUAGUUUAUUUAUGGGAUCCUGGAGUUCUGGCUCUUGCUGAAGGCAACCCUGGUGACCAGCACCAUCCCUCCUCCUUUUCACAGUUCUCCUCUCCUCCCCAGAUCUGUGCGCCAUUCCUGUUCCCAUAAGAGGGCUGAAACGGGCCCUCUCAGCGCGGGAGGGUUCAGAGGAGAAAGGAAGUACUGCAUGCGAGCUUCCUCCUAGCAGGGAAGGAAGAGCUCUUUGCCAUCUACCUUGAGUGAAGCCAGGAGAAGCAAAAGGAAGCCAUGUGAGCACGGGAGUAGCUUUUCCCAAACUUAUCUUUCUGUUUAGGUGAGGAAGCAAAAGCAUCUAAGUGAGACCAUUUAGCAUACUGCUUGUGAAUGAAAAGAGGCUUUUGCUAAAUUCUUGUUGGGUGGAUGACAUCUGCACAGGGAUGGUGUGCCAAAGGGAGGGUAGGAGGCCUUGUGUGUUUAUAUAUAAGCCAAAAAAAAAAAAAAAAAAAAAAGAAAGUUUGCUUCAACUCCAUGAGAUUCAUUAGCAGUGAACUGGAGUGAAAGGUCAUUGGUGGCUGAGGGGAUUCCUGAACAAACUAGAAAGUUCUUUAUAGUGUUCUAUGGUGCAUUGAAGGCAACAGCAGGGGAUCGUGUGUGCAUGUAUGUCCAUGUAUACUUGCACACAUGGGCGGUCAGGUGCCUCUAAAUGUAGAGAAGGCAACUUGACUCAUUGUGCUGAUUCCUUCCAUAUCCCUGAGCAAUGCACUCACUUUGGCUUAUAUACAAACAGAGAUGGUCAUAUGUUAUCUGAGUGUCUGCUGUCUGUCCCCUUCACCUUCCUGAAUGAGGAAUGGAAGUUCUUGACAAAGAAGAUUCUGUGCUAAAAGCAAAAAAAGAAAGGGAGACAAUCCUACAAAAGCAAGAUACUAAAAUGAUUUUUCAUUGAUUGCCAGUAAGUUCCAUCGGUUUGGGUCAAGAACUUUCCAGGAAGGCUAAAGGGAAAUAGAAGCAGCCAUAAUUCUUUUGCGCACACUUGAGAGCAAAAGUCUCCAUAAAGCUCUGUUGAGCUUUUAGACCCUCAACUGGCAAGGUUUGGGGAGAAGCUCAGUAAGGCUCUGAGGAAGAGGGGAGUCAUUUAUGGUAGGGUAAGUGAGAGAGGGGGAUGUUUUCAAUGCUUUGAUCCCUUCUUACUUAGCCUGGAGCAAGAAAAGCAGGCUUGUUCCCCUAGAACUGAUGACAACUGAUAGGGAACAGACAGUGAAGAGCAUGAGCCUACCCCCGUGAGCACAGCUCGGGAGGCCUGGAGAGAAGGGAAUUGAUCUGGAAGUGGGGAACGGAACGGUAGGCGGGAGGGACUCUCCCACUACCUCCUUGGGCCUGGCUCCCUGGGAAUGUGACUUGAGCCCAGUGGGAACUCUCUUGGUAGAAGCCCUUCCACCUUCCUGCAACACCUCUGUUCCCUCUCAGAUUGUACCAUU